CAAUCCUUUGGGUUUCUGGUUUAAUUUUCGCCUGGGCGAACUUUCCUGCGGACGGACGACGUCGACAACAUCGUCAACUAUCGCCCCAGGCCGCGACAAACUCGACGACGACGACGACGACAGCGAGAUUGCGAGAAAUAUAGGGAUUUAGGCCGGGUUUAGGUGUUAGGGAUCGAUUAUACAGCUUUCGCGGGCUAGAUAUACCUGACAAGCUAUUUGUGUAACCAAAACGCAGAAGGCAAUUCCUGUGGACGGCGUACAUCUUUCGAACGUUCCACUGGACCAUCCAUCAACCAUACUGGCGCCUGAUACUUCAUCACGACGCCCUGUUCAACAGAAACUACAUUUCAACCUCCAAACCGGACUUACAGGGAUAUCAAAACACCACUUGCCGAAGACACUAGGACACAACGGCACUCAUUCGCGCCCGAUUGGCCCCACUCAUCAGCUACCCACUUCACGCUGAUCGAAGGAGAAGCAGAGCGACACUUACGCAACUGCGACUUGAACGGACUGUAAUAACUCUGGAUGGAGGGCUCUUCGACAAACACCUACCCCGACGCAACAUGGAACACACGAACUCAGAAUGACGAUAGGAAUCCUGCACAGCCAUUAGCGCACGAUCAAUUCGAAACCCACCGUCCUCAGCACCCUCGGACGCCACCAAUGCAAUCGUCAGCAGGGUCUUCAGACCGCGACGCUACCAGGACGUCAAACCCCAAGAGAAGCGAGAAUGACUCCAAUGAAUCAGAAUCGGAGUCGUCUCCCGGGUCCUCUGCAGAAGAUUCCAGUACCGCCAGUGUGCCGAGUGCUGGUGUCACCGUGAACCCCACCGCCGGGUAUCCUCCGUCUCCAAGCUCCGUGGCUACUUGGACUGCAAGAGCAGGAAUAGGGGGACCCUCCGGUUUUGUCAUGAACGUCCACUCACCGAGCUUUAGACCCGCAUCUGCGGCUGGCCAAGGUUCGGUCACCGUUUUGCAUCCCGACUCGUCAUCCAUGACGACAAUGGGUGCGAAGGACGCGUCCUCUGCCAACAGCCCGCAAACGCAAUCGACAUCACUAAGUGCAACAUCUGCAUCGAACAUAACGACGACGCCAGGGCACUCCAGGCCAACAUCGAGCGUUUCGCCCGAGACCCUGUCCAAUGAAGCAAUCGAGGCUGCCAUCCAGGCUGCAACGUGUUCUUCCUCGAGUGCAGAAGGUAACGCCAACCAGCCACGGACACGUAGUGCGUCGUCCUCGGUUUCUGGAUCAGCGCCUGGGUCGGGCCCCAGCAGCGAAUGGGAGCGGAGUAAAGAUGAGAGCUGUAGAAAGAGUGACCGAAGCAGUGAUCACGAGAGGCGUGAUCGCAACAGUGAAGGAGGCGGGUCGAGGGAUCGGGAUAUGAGAGUUCCUGCGAGGGAUACUCGCACACUCUUGUUCGUCGGAAAUCUUCCGUAUCGUGUUCGGUGGCAAGACCUGAAGGACUUGUUUCGUCGGGCGGGGACAGUCUUACGAGCGGAUGUGUCCCUUGGGCCCGAUAACAGGUCUAGGGGGUACGGAACUGUCUUGCUGGCCACAGCAGAGGAUGCCGGACGUGCGAUCGAUAUGUUCAACGGGUAUGACUGGCAGACGCGGAUAUUGGAAGUUAGGGUCGACAGGGUUGGCGGCAUUGGGAUGCUGAACCCUACGACGGGUGCGCCUAUGGGAUCGAUGGGUAUGGGCAUGGGGUAUGACCCUGGGAUGAUGGGCAUGGGGAUGAGCACGAGUCUUGGUCCUGGCGGCGGAUACGGAAGCACGGGAGCGGGAGGAAUGUACCACUCUCCAGGCCCUGGAACUAGCCAGCACUCGUUUAGUGGUCAGGGAAUGAUGGGACAGACACCGUCACAGAAGACCCAUCAACAUCAAACCUCCGACCCACUGGCCCAGCAACAGCAGCAGCAGAUUCUCCAACCCACACCCGUCUAUCAGCUUCAACAAGGCUUCGCCCAAAGCGCCCUUAACUCAGCUGCCGGUCCUCCUGGCAGGACGCUGUUCGUUGGAAAUCUACCCUAUCACGUUCAAUGGCAGGAUCUUAAAGACCUAUUCCGACGGGUACCGUCUAGUCACCCGAUUCUGCAGGGAAAGGGAAACACUUCCUUUGGCAGCAGCACUUUAUCUUUGCACGGCCAGGGUUCCGGUCUCUCCUCGGAAGCGGCAGAGUUGGGGCAUAUCCCGCCUUCACUACUGACUUUCAAUGUAUUGCGAGCGGAUGUGGCCCUUGGACCGGACGGGAGGAGUAAAGGGUUUGGAACAGUGGUAUUUUCGAGCAUAGAGGAAGCGGAGAGGGCAAGGCGGGUAUUUAAUGGGUACGAGUUCAACGGCCGCCAGCUGAAGGUGCACUAUGAUCGACUCACUUCACUUCCGGCCAAUGGAAUGGGAACGACGGGGUCUCCCCAACCUAACUAUCUUCCACCCAUGUCGGGCAGUCAUCCCCACCAAUCACCCUUCCCGCCCUCGACUUCACCCGCUCUCAAUGGUCUGUCGUUGGCGCAGCAAAUGUCGAACCUUGGGCUGGGUUCAUCGAACAUUGGCAUUGAGCAGCCAAGUCAUCACCUGUCUUCGUGGUCGACUGGGCCUCAGCAAUCCAAACUUUCUUCAAUCCUACACGCCAACGCCAAUGCCAGCCCCUCUCCCUCUCUAUCCGUUUCUCCCCCAGCUGAUCUCAGUGCCAGACUUGGCUCUCCAUUGGGCAACCAUGCUUCGCCACGUCCUCAGCAAGCACAAUCUUCGUCCCUGGCUUUCGCCCUCGAAGGUGUGGGCCAGCGACGCCUGUCGUUGUCCGAGCAACAAAGGUUCCAAGUUCAGGACCGACUGGAGCUAUUGCAACAGCAAGUGCACCUCCAGCAACUCCAAUCCCUACAUUCACCUCCCCUCCCUUCUCCCCCUACUAGCACUGCGAAGCAAACGAAUCCAAACAGGCCGACUCGUAUCGAUCUGCCUGCGCGCACGUUCCAUGUCGAGGUGGACCCGUCUUUGCAGUCACUCGAGGCUCCCGAACCCAUCUCUAGGGGGUUGAGUAGCGGGUACGACGGUGGGAUCAGCGGCUACGAAGACCCGGUAGAGCGUCAUAUCCAAGCCUUUGGCUACGACCAGCCAAUAGGCGAGAAGAAGACCAGAGCAAGUUUCCUCGACGAACACCAUAGUGGCAGUGAUUCGCAAGACGACCGACUUCAACUAUGGGAACUCGAACGCCAGCGGGAGCGCGAGAAGGAACAGCGGCUUUUCCACCUUCUCCACGGCUCAAGGAACCAGGAGCGCCAGUCGUCCUCGAAAGGUUUUACGUCGAACUCUCACUCGACUUCGAUGACUUCGCUGAUCGGUGGGCUGGAGGGUGGCCCGAUAGAGGGGACGACUGCGUCGGCGCCGGUGUCGAAUGUCCACUCGCCUUCAAGUAUCUUUGCGAGGACGUCGAGUGCGAGCAGCAUGUCUUCGUCCCUCUCGUCGUCCUCCAGUUCCAGGUCGCAACCCCUACACCACCCGUACGGCGAUAUCGGAUCCGGGAGUACCAGGUCGUCGAGUGUAGCUUCGGUGUUUGAAGGGUUGGACGACCUACGGCAAGGGAACCAAUUUGGUAUGGGGAUGGUGGAAAGUUUGCUGGCUGCCAGACUGGGCUCUCGUUCUAGGCCUGCUGCGGGAACAGAUGCUGAGGCAAUCCAAGGUUCGGAGACGAGUUCCGCGGCUGCGAGUACUCACUCGUUACCAUUGGGACUUGGAGGUCCGUCCACUGGCUCAAGGUUGGCAGUUCGGAACCUUGCCGACGAGGAGGACAGCGAUGGGCGAAGCAAGGGCAAGGAUAAGGUGGCGGCGUAUAGUCUAGGGAGGAUAUCAAGCCCGAGUUCCAGGACCGGAUCCACCACGAGUGCGUCAGAGAGUGGGAGCGGGUUGUCUGCCGGGACCAGUGCUAGCAGAAGCUCGACAGGUUCUGUUCUUUCUCCGAAGCGUGUUAGGGGUGUACCUUCAGCGGCACGGAGUGCUUUGCGAUCCGGGAACGCAGGGAGUGAUGCAGAUGUUUCUGGGGAAGAAGGGGAUGACGAUGAUGGUCGAUCCGUUUCUGCUCCAUCUUCCAUGUCGCCCCGACUUUCUCAGUUGUCAAGGACAGGCAAACUCGUACGUUCAGGAAGUCGGAGGGAGAAGGCGGCUGAGCCCAAAUCGAAUCAGGCUGGAGAGAAGGGUUCUGGUGAUCGACAACAUCCGGGACCUAUCGAGCUGCCACCACCACCCCCAGUCGUCCCGAUUUCGAUCGGGCCUCAAGCUGCUGCUGCGCCUGCUCCUACGUUCAGCAGCUUGUUGGGAGACGGGUUGUUCCAGCAACAUCUACCUUUCAAGAGGGAAGGAGAGCACGAUUAUGCGCAGUUCGAUUACUCUGGGGUACCCACAGUCCAGGCUCGACCAUCUCAAACCGAUGCGGGAGAGAAGGAACAACGUGCAGAGACUCGGGAUGCAUCAUCGACAGCUGGUACCCAACAGGAUCCUGGCCAUCAAAUGUCACAGCCUUCCGCGCAGCAACAGCAGCAACCACAGAUGUAUCCGCCCACGCCUCAUGGACUACCUCCCAUUACGCCGUCGAUGCCCCCGUUCACUCUCGUCACUGGUGCCCAUGGCUCGUUGACGCAUUACCAAGCCCGGCAGCAACGUGCCCAACAGCAGCAGGCUAGCGCUAAGCGCCGCUAUGGAUCGAACGCCCCGGGAACGCUCUCACUGCCUCCGUCGCAUCUCGAUCCCUUUUACCAAGCGCAAAAUCCUCAGCAAAUGACUCCUCCUGCUACCUUUCUCCAUCCACUGGGAUCCCCUGGGUCACCAUACGCUCUUGGACCUCACCAUCCUCUGCACCACCAGUAUCAUCAUCACCAGCAUCAACAUCAGCAUUAUCAUCCGCAUUCGUAUGCUCAGCAUCCUUUGUCACAGUCGUAUGCAGAAGGGUUCCCGUCGCCUGGUCAGCCAGGCCAAGCUCCGCCAGUCAUGCCUGGCGGGAUGUCUCCACUGGGUCAUCCCAUGAUGCAUCCCCAGCAAAUGUACCCGAUGGCUAGUCCGUUGGGUCCUCCGCCAGGGUACGGCCUUGGGACGAUGAGUCCCGGUGCCUUUUGGGGAAGACCAGGGGAGAUGCCUGCCGUUGGCAAUCCGUACAUGAACCCUGCGGUCGGUGCGCCUGUUAGAUUGGCGCCUGGUGGUGGACAACUCGCGAGCGUUAAUCCCCAAGAACCGAAAGGCUACUUCGACCAACUUUACAUGAACCCGACCGACUACAACCAGGGUUACAGUGCCGGGGGAAACACCGCCGAAACAGGUGUCCAAAGCACUACCAGCGUCGAAAGUAGUGGCAGUGGAAGUGGUCAGAGCGCGAUUGAGAGGGAAAUCCUCAAGGACAAGAGCCAUAUGACGGCGGAGACUGAACAGGAGAAGAAGGCCGAGUCGACACACGACUACCCCUCGACAGUACAUUCUUCAAAUAACGACGGCCCGGGUUUCUCGGGUGAAGGCGACGGCGGGAAGGAGGUCGAAGCACAUGGCCCUGCGAACGUGUCGAAGCCAGGUAUCAGGCAUACGCAGACCCUCUCCACUCUCAGCACCGAGCAACAGGCUACCGCUCCCAAAAUGCGGCAUUUUAAGACCGAUUCUAUGACGCUCGCUGGUACCGGAAACUAA